AUGAUUAUAUUAAUAAAGCAAAUUACAACUUUGAAGACGAAGACGCAAUCGGAUCGCAAACUAUGGGUUGAUGUUUUGAGUGAGAAUCGGAAUCCAUCUAAAGGCUUAACCAUUCAGUAUGUAGCUCCGUCACUGGUUGAUGGAGAAGUUGAAAUUGAAAUUGAAGAAGAUGAUGUUCAAUCGGAGAUCCUAUUUUGGGAGAAUGCUCUUAUUCUCUAUGCGCUGGGAGAAAAUUUCAGCAUGAACAUGAUCAAGAACUUUAUGGUGAAAACAUGGAACUUUGUUAAGAUCCCUAAUAUGUACUACAACGAUGAAGGUUACUUCAUCCUCAGAUUCCACUCACAUGAAGAUCUUGAUGCUGUGCUUAUGAGAGGUCCUUACACGAUGAGGAAUGUUCCACUAUUGAUCCAAGAAUGGCGUGCUGAUUUCAAUCUGAAAAGGGAUAUGUUGAGGACACUUCCAAUCUGGAUCAAGCUUCCGCAACUCCCAUUGUAUCUUUGGGAGGCGAAGAGUUUGAGUAAAAUUGGUAGCGCCAUUGGAGUUCCACUUGUAACGGACGAGUGUACUGCUAGCAAACACAGAGUAUCAUAUGCCAAGAUUCUGGUGGAGGUUGACAUCACUAAGGAAAUGGUAAAGGAAAUUGCUAUUAAGGACAAUGAAGGUAGAAAAUUCACACAAUUUGUUGAGUAUGAAUGGAGGCCUUUGUUCUGUGAUAAGUGCAAAAAACUGGGUCAUCAAUGCAAGGAGCCACUAAAAAAGGUUGAGAGGGUGUGGCAACCUAAGCCUAAGGAGCCAAUUAUGGAAGACCAGAUGAAAGAAGGCAACAAUAUUACAGAGGAAGUAGCAACACCUAAGACUCCUACUGUGCAGCAUUCUGAGGAUUCCAAGGAGCAUGAGGGAGAUAACUGGACCAAAGUAACAUCCAGUCGUGAUAGAGGUAAGAAAAUAUUGUUUGCUGGAACAACUAAUGUGGUAAAUUGUAUUAAUGGAUUUGAAGCACUAGGUAUUUCGAAGGAUUCACUAGUGCCUUCAGAUGGUGAUCCAUGUUAG